AUGAAAGCUAUGGCAAAUGAGCCAGAAUGUUUUUCUCUUAGAAGUAUUGUUUCUUGUAAAACUUGCUAUGACGAGAAUAUCGAGGGAGACGUGUUGGCCUUCGACCAGCAGACCAAGGCUCUCAUGCUCAAUAGUGCCAGUACUAGCGGCAAAGCCAAUGUCAGCGACAUAUGCAUGGUCAACCUCAACUUCGUCUCGGAGUUGACCGUAAAGAAGGAAGCCAGCUCUAGUCAGCUUACACCACCGCAUCCCUUGAACACAGAAAAGGUGCAAGUUCGUUCGAGAAAUACGCUUGAAAGUAGGACUGCGAUAGCAGCAGCCCACAAUUCUCGUGUGUCCCACGACGGCAUUCGCCUUUUUCUGGCCAUACGAAAAACGAUCGACGACGUCACGUGGCAGGGAAAGAAUAUAAUUGUUAUGAUUCGGGUAACCAUCGUUCCAGCCUAUCGGCCAGAAUGCAAGGGGAAAUUGGACAGCGACGCAAGUGUGCUGCAUGUGCGCAAGAUUGUUGAGAAGCAUCUUCGGUAUCAACAGAAACAAAGCCAAGGGACACUCCAAACUUCACCAACACAACCUUCAACAAAGGCCUAAGCUCUCACUCUGUUUUGCCCCUACCCUAACACCUGCCUGCCAUUGUUUUUUUUUUU